GUACAUGGAGAUUGCAAGCGGAUGUAUUCAUGGGAAUUUUCGCUGGAUGGCAGGUGCAGGUGAAUGAUGCGAUAAACAUGUCUGUCUGUAGCCUGGAAUUUUCAUUCCCACGUUCAUUUCUGGUGAAAAUAUACCAAAAACGAUACAGUGCACCUUUUAUCGAAUACUCUGCAUCAUACCUAAAUGCAAACUUCGACUUGAAGCGAUGCGCGGUAAGGACAAUAAAUGACGAUCGUCUCGCAAAACAGUGCCAGUUAAGUUAUGAACGUUCAUCAUCCCCAGCGCUACCAUCUGAAGGCAAAAUCGUCGUAGAAUUAAGAAAACUCGCUGUUGAUGUGUCAAAAUCUGCCAUUCGAAUCAGCCUAUUUGAUAUUGUGGAUCAACCGUUCCGGGCUGACCUGUCCGACGUUGAUAAUGAAGGUUUAACAACAAUAGAUCGCAUCAACUUCACUCUCCCCUAUUCCUAUGUUUUAAAAAGUGUGAAGAAUUCGGCAGGCUCGAGUUUUCAUCUUGAAGCAUGGUACCUUGGUCAAAGUGGAGUUGUACUGCCUUGCAUGCUAAACACAACCUGUGAGUGUCUCGACGAUGGAGGCGGGGACCAGCUGACGUUCGUCUUUGAUGGUCUCAUCCUAAAUACACAGAUCAGACCUCUAACCAUGAAGUUCUUGUCAUCAAGUAUUAAUUCAAAGGAUUGCAACAGUGGAAAAGCAUUAAAGUCUAUACAGAGCACUGUACACACAAAGUUACCAAGUGGCAUAGAAACUGCCACUCAGCAAAGGCUACUAGUGGAAUCACUACUAAGUACAAAAACUGGAUCAACUCCAGAAGAUGCCUCGCAUGUUGCACCUCCAUUAAAUCCAUCUCUCUUGCCACUCCCCUCCAAAACCUUACCUGAUGAUUCUGAGCAACCCGACAUAGCCCAAAAUGAUAAAGUUGUUGUUCAAAUGCUUGGUUUGCCCUUCAACCAGCCUCCCCCAGACAGAUUUUUUGAUCUAAUUCCGAACAGUCUGGUGUCAUCAUGUCCUCCCUUGAUUACAUCCAACACAAGUGAUGGAGAUGCCCCGGUUGACAUCACGGCACUGCUGCAAGUGUCCGCUGGUCCAAGCAUUGCAACUGAUCUUGUCAGUCAGAAGAAUCCAAGUGAGAGUAAUCGGAACAACAUUCCUACAUCUGAUCCAAGUUACAGCUCUCUUGUUCAUAUUGAAGAAAUAAUUGCCAAUGACUUUACUUCAUCCCAAACCGAGGACUGUGCGUCGAGCAAAAACACUGAGACUGUACAGGAAAAGUGUGGUUCAUUAAGUCAAAUCAUUGAUACAGUUUCGGUAAAUGUGGAAGAAAAUAUUUCUGCAUUCACGGAUUCGAGGAAAGAUGGUGAAACAUCUGUCACGAAAAUACCAGACUCAUCUGAGAAGGGAACCAAUAAUACAGCUUUACAAAGAAAAAGACGUGUUAUUUGUGUUGUUGAUGAUGAUGAUGAUGCUUCUUGUUCUGUUGAAAAGGAACCUGAGACAAUUGUUGUUGAAGACAAAUCUGACAAGGCAGAGAAUGCAGAUUGUCUGGCCAAGGGACACACCAUAGAACUGAUUGACCCGGAGAGUGGAAUGAUGACAAUAGUGCGGGUCAGUGAUGAUGAGGAUGAUGAUGAUGUUGAAAUAGUUGGCGUAGAAGACAAGGACAAAUCAAAAGAGAGCCAGAAAUCAAACAACAUAACAAAAAAGGUAUCUGAAGAUAAUUCAGAAAUUCAUAACAUUGUGGCCAGUAUUGUGGAAUCGUUACAUAUGGAUAGUACUCCUAAAGAAAGCAGCAUAGUGUCUGCAACAAAUUAUCCUGGGAUCAACUUAGACCCUCCUUCAAAGGCACCGACUGAGUUCCAUUCCUCCCUAGGUAAGUUGAUUGGGCAGCCCCCAGUUCCUAUGGAGAUGCUGCCAAGUGUGAUGACGAAUGCAGUACAAGCUCCUGUCAAUUUGCCCCCAGAGGUCAGUGGGGCAACACAGGGACCAGCGCUCACUGCUAAAUCAAAACAGGAUUCGUUGCCUAAGGGGAGGAGUACCCAUGUUGGAGAGUUCGAUCCAGAGUGGGCCGUCAACUUUCCCUGGCUCAUGUACGAUCCAAUUAACCACACCAUGUUCUGUCAGAUUUGCAUAUUUUCAAAGAAAAGCAACAUUUUUACUGUGGGCUCCCACUUUUUCAUGAGAGAUCCGCUGAUAACACACACGAAGUCUGCGCAACACGUCGAUGCAUUGCGUAUAAUACAAGACACUGGGUGUGGUGAGCAGUCCUCGCAGUGGCUGCAGAUGGUGCACAAGUGCCACGAACAGAUCCAGAGUGUCUUGGCGCUGCAAAGCGUGUUUGACUACACAUGGCUCAUCGACUUUCCCUGGCUAAUGUUUGAUGAGAUUGACAAUAAGGUAUUCUGUAAGGUUUGUCAAAAGCAUAACAGAAAAACUACAUUUGGAGAAGGACUCCGCCAUUUCAGUCGACGUCGUAUCCGUGAACACCAGAAAAGCAGAUGCCACAUGGAUGCUUUUCUCUUGGAUAAUGUAACACUGGAAAGUAACGGUGAAGACAAGGCCAAGACUGUCAUGAGACUGGAUGCCAAUUCAGAACUCAUUUUCAGCAUGGAGACACAAGGCAGUGAAAAAGAACCGCUCCACUGGAACAGAAUAGCCCCACCGGAAGAUAAUGACAAAACCCCACAAAAGAAAACUGAGAUGAAUGUCAUCAGUAUUAAGAGCGAAGACUCAUUCCAAAGUGCUAAAUUUGUCUCCUCGGGCCCGUACAAGGUGUCUCCCGCCCUGUCGCCCGUUGUCCUGCUGAGAGAUGUGAGCAAGAGUCCUCCCGAUAUUCCCCUCAACGAAGGCAGACAGACAUCGGUCUCCAGACGCAGCAGCAGCUCCCAGAGUCAGGACACCCGAAUCCGAAGCAAACCCUGGAAUCUACAGCCCCAGAACGUGUUCCAGAAGUAUAACAGUCGAGCUGAUGUUUUGCAAAAUGAAAAAAGGCUUUCCACUAGGCGAACCAAAGGUCCAGCUCCAUCUUGUGAGUAUCCUGCCAGGGAGCCGGAUGUGGAGGCAGACAUCAGGUCAUUGUUACCCUUGGUGGCAUUGGCCAGUGUUGAUACUGAAGCCAAGUCUGUGGCAAAAAGGUUGUCCUUUGAUGAACAGGGUGAUGUUGGUCAGACGAAUGGUUUGCCUGGUACCGGACCAAACAGGAAGAAAAGAGAAUUUGAUGUUGACAGGGAACAGAAGUCAAAAGAAGAUCCUGAUAGCAUUCUCGUUAACUAUUUAUCUUGUCCUGCUAAAAAUCAGAAAAAGAAAUGGUUGGAAGAUAUAGACGCAUCUUGCUGGAAGCCCGUAGUUGUGCUUGAUGACAUUGCAGAGGAUUUGUCCGUUUUGAAUGCACAUUCGUUUCGAACUAGAAUGCACUAUGGUAGGUCUAAGGAGAGAACUGAACGUGAAUCCAAGGACACACAGAAACGCUCACUUUCAACAGACAGUGAAUCUGUGACGGCCAAGAAAACCAGGAAUGAGGCUCGAGAUGUGUAUGACACCGAUCAGUGUUCUUUGGGUGUCAGACUUGAGGCUGGUAAGUCAAAUACCAGGAAGACAAGAACUACAGAUCCUGUUGAUGUCGGAAACAGGUUCAAUGAAAUGAAAUCAGAAAGUGGCACGAAAUUGAGGAAUGCAACUGAGUGUUCUGUGGAAGUUUCACGUGACACUGGAAAGUCCCCAAGUAGUCGGAAGCCGUCUCCGAAGCCUUCAUGGUCGGAACCAGAGCACACUGAGCCAUCACAAGUGACGUUUGAUAAUAAUUACGAUAUGAUGGAGAUUCUAGACGGACUUGAUCUUACGGACAUGAUGAUGUGUCAUGUUGUUCUCAAACGGAUAGCUGUUUGAUGCCAGUACUUAAAAAAUCAGAGCUAGUUACAGGCCUCCCAUACAGCGGAUAAAGCAACAGAAUGGAAUGAAUAACUUACGAAGUAGUCGGUAAGAUGGCAGAAAUUGUGUCCAAAUUGUGAGCCACUUCUAAACCUUCACAAGUGAACAAAAUACUGUAAUUUCUCUUGUAAUGCCAGUACCAUGUGCACAGUAAGGCAUGGGUGGCCCAGCCGUCUAAGGUGUCACAAUUCGCUGUGCAGAGUUACCUAUGAUCGUGGGUUCGAAUCCCGGUUCGCCCUGAAUAUGUUUAUAGGUUUGUUAGACUCGUGAUGAUCAUAUGUAAGAAUAAAAUUCACACUUAUUAAAAGUUAUUUUGGAUGCUAUUGUGGCUGAAAGCUUCAAGAUUGACUCAUUUCACAGUUUCAUUGCCGUUCAUUUCACAAUGUUUUCCUGUUUAUUGAUAUUUGUUAUCAAUAUGGUCGAUAUGGCUCAUUUAAUUAAGAAAUAACAACUUUGAACUCAAGUUUCAGAAGGCUUGGGCACAAAUUCUGUGGUCUUUUCUGAAGUUCUGAAGGUUUUUUCGUUCUCAUUCCAUUGUGUUGCUUUAUCCUGUAUAUAGUCCAUUAGUGUGGGUGACUUUUGUCUAUAUGAAUGCCAUUUUCAUGUGUUUUGUGCUCAUUCCUGUUAUCAAGGGCUUAGGACUUUAUUGAUAUGCUGUGCAUGAACGCCUACUGUUGAGAUAAUGCGACUUUUAUUUUCUUGUCAGCAGAUUGUUGACAUCCCACUCUCAGCAUCAGGUUAUGUUGUUGAGGAACGAUAAGUAGGGCUGAAAUGAUAUGCUGAAGUCAUGAUACUAUUUUCCUUUAAACUUACAAGUCGAAUCUCGUUAAGCAGAACCUGGACAAAUGGACAUUUUUGGGUACCCUAUGGGUCCUUUUUUACCUCCUGCCAUGACGUGGGGCGGGGAUAUUGGUUUGGGCCUUGUCCAUCUGUCUGACCAAUUUCAAUUGGAACAAGUAUUUUCGGAAACAGCUAUGGAUACGAGGACGCAUCCAUCAUUAUGGGAAUAAUGUGUUGAUAGAGUUAGAAAACAAGCAUCAAAAGUUGUUUGAUCUUUUGGACAUAAUGCACAGGACCACUGUGGAUACAAGGAUGAUAUUAUGCAUACCAUUCAGGACCAACUCGUGUUAUUCCGGGACAAGCCGAAUAGCGACUCGUGCCCCUCUCAUGGCCAUUUUUGCGACCGGGUUCUGUCUUAGCGCAAACGGGCAUACCUAAAACAUUUGUCAACUCGU